AUAUCUUUCUUUUAGCCCUGGUCUGCGUCCCUGGUACGUUUUUGCGAAAAUCAUUUUUUGCUGCUCAACACGUGUUCGCCGCUUAAUUUGUUUAAAUAAAACGUUAUAAAUAGUUACAAUGGCAGAGGAAUCAUUCUAUGGCGUCACCCUAACCAGCGAAAAUGACAGUGUCACUUGGGAUGUUGAUGAGGAUUAUGCACGAGGCCAAAAAUUGGUGAUCAAACAGAUUCUUCUCGGCGCUGAGGCCAAGGAAAAUGAAUUUAACGUGGUUGAGGUGCACACUGUGAAGGACUCUGUUCAGAUACCGAUUGCAGUGUUGAAAGCAGGCGAGACGCGUGCCGUUAAUCCCGAUGUGGAAUUCUACGAAUCGGUGGUUACAUUCAAGCUAAUUAAGGGUAGCGGUCCUGUCUACAUCCAUGGCCAUAACAUCAAGGAUGAUGUUGAAGUUGUCGACAUGGAAGACGAUGAAGAGGAGGAAGAUGACGUAGAAGAGGAAGAUGAGCACCCAAAGAAGCGCGCCAAAAUCGAUCAAAACGCUGGCGGCGAUGCUAAAAAUGCCAAGAAUAACAAGAAGAAGUAAAUCCUACUACCACUACGUAUGCAUCCUUAUCGCAUCCAUCGAGUUCUAAGCUACAUAUAUACACUUGUAGAUUUAAUGGAUAACAAAAAGAAAAAACAAAAAGGAAAAAAAUAACAUAUUUAGGCCCUACAAAAAAUUACAAUACUGAUUGCAUAAAUGAACAUAAAUACUUUUUAUUUAGUUCCUUUUGCUCCUUCAAUAUUCAAUCUUUACGGAAUACAUAUGUAUAUUAACUUAAGCAGAAAGCCGUAAAUCAGAAACAGAAUUAAAUUUUUUUCAAUUUUUUGAGCACUCACACAACAUUUGUAUAUACCUAUUAUACAUAACUAAAAACUUAAAAACUAAGCCGGACUUUUUUUCCUCAUUCAUAUAUACUUUGUAUGAAAUUCAACUACCUUCGGAUAAAUCGAUUGAUUAAUCUAAAUAAAAGUCCCAUUUUAUACUUCAA